CGUCAAAAAAGUUAGGUUAGGAAGUCCUUUAAACAUUUGUAUAUAGUGAAAUGUGUUGAUUCUACGCACUAAAAUGGAUAUUGUUAAUGAAAUUUUAGAGAAAGAACAGAAAAAAGCGGAGAAAUAUAAGUCUAUCACUGUAGAAAAGCACUUAGAUGUAGAAUUUGACAUCGGAACUCUUCUUGCAUUUGACUCAAAUGACUUGGACACAAAAAAAUUAAAUGCAAACAAAAGCAGAGAUGAAUACUUACAAUCUUUAUCCCGCGACAACACACAACUGUUACUCAACAAGAUCUGGGAGCUGCCCACCGAGAGGGUGGAAGAGGCUAUAGUGGUGAAGCUGCCAGAGCCCACCACAAUACUACCAAGAGCCAAGCCGGUGCCCAAGCCCAGACCGCUGACCAAAUGGCAGGAGUUUGCCAAAGCCAAGGGUAUUACUAAGAAGAAGAAGGAUAAACUUGAAUGGGAUGAACAAUUGCAGAAAUGGGUGCCACUUUAUGGAUUCAAAAAGGCAGCUGCAGAGAAAGAGAAGAACUGGUUAAUAGAGGUCCCACAAAACUUGAACCCCAUGACAGACAUGUACGAGAAAAAGGCUGAGGCCAAGUCCGAGAAAGUGGCCAAGAAUGAGUUGCAGAGGCUCAAGAAUAUUGCAAGAGCCAAGAAAGUCAAGAUUCCUAGAGUGGGACUACCUGUCACGUCUGAUAAAGCUUCUGCAAAUCAGUUAGCAACCGCAGCAACAGUCGCCCGAGCAUCCACAGCCUCCCUCGGCAAGUUCCAAGACCGCCUGCCCAAGGAAAAGGACGCCCGAGGCAAAGGCGUCCACGAACUUAUACCCGGGAAGGACAGAAAGAGAAAGCUGCCUGUACCCACAGCGCAGGUUGAGAAGGAGAAUAACCUUAAUCUGCUGGACAGCAUAUUGAACAAGCGGCCGAAAAUUGACAUGGAUAAAGCUGUGGCUAAGCAUAUAGCUAAUGAGCAAGUGCAGAGAUCAGAAGAAAAGAAGAGCAGUAAGCCGAAGGGGAAGCCCUGCAAGGGCAAGACGGGCAACCCCAGCAAGUUCACCGCCAAGAAGCCGAAGGCGGGCGCCGGCCAGCGCAACCCCGGCAAGAAGGCCGGCGGCCGGAAGAGGAGGUAGUGGGCACAUGGAAUGUUCGCAUUAAGUAUGUUUAUUCAUUAAAGUAUUUAAGAGUUAGCAAAA